AUGAGUACCAUUUAUAAGCUUAAAACCAACGCAUCUCGUGCUGGAGACGAAGAAGAAGAAGAUGCCCAUGCACCUGUCGUUACUACUAGAAAGCACUCUGAAGGCUUUGUUCCCGUUAAGCAAAAGGUCCUGAUCCUGUCAUCUCGUGGUGUAACUUAUCGUCAACGCCAUUUGCUUACAGAUCUGAUUAAUAUGAUGCCACACACGAAGAAGGACAGCAAGUUCGAGUCUAAGGACCGUCUGUACGAGCUCAAUGAGCUUGCUGACCUUUACAACUGUAACAAUAUCUACUUUUUUGAAUCUCGUCGUCGCGAGGAUCUUUAUUUGCACAUUGCGCGUGCUCCUAACGGACCUACUGUUAAAUUUCACAUCGAAAACUUGCAUACAAUGGACGAACUAAACAUGACAGGAAAUGCUUUGAAGGGUUCCCGUCCUAUUCUCUCUUUUGACAAAACAUUUGACUCUGCUCCUCAUUUGAAGAUUGUCAAAGAGCUUCUGCAACAAACCCUUGGUAUUCCAAAGGGUGCUCGUCGUAGCAAACCUUUCAUUGACCGUGUUUGUACACUCACUGUUGCUGACAACAAGAUUUGGUUCAGAAACUACGAAAUUCGCCAAAAUGAGGAUUCAGAGAAAGAUCCUGUUACCUUGUUUGAAAUUGGUCCUCGUUUUGUCAUGACCAUUAUCAACAUUAUUGAAGGAUCCUUCGGCGGUCCCGUUAUCUUCAAAAAUGACACCUUCGUCAGUGCAACCAUGGCUCGUGCAGCUCUUCGUAAACAAACUGCUCAGCGCUAUGUCAAUCGUCAAGAAAACAAACUUGAGCACGCUGUUCGUGUCAAGCAAAAUGAAUACCCAGAAGAUCCUUUGGAGAAGGUGUUUGCAUAA